UUUUGGGGGAAGAAAAAAAAUAAGAGUAAGACUCGAGAAGCAUGCAAGUCAAUUUGCGCCAAUGGCCCCCAAAGCCGGCAUGCCUGCGCUGGGCUGAGGGCAGAGCUUCCACGGGCUGGCUCGCGAGCGAUGGGACUGAGCCCUGGAGGCACUCGGCUCUCCGAGGCCUUCUGAGCUGGGGGAGAGGGGGGCGUUAUUAUUGCUGGCCUCGCAGCCUUGGCAGGGAUGGUCGCUGCAGACUGGGAGUGAGCUACGGGCAAAGCCAGGCGAAGUGAGCGGGCGCUUUGGCAGCCCGUCUGUCAAGGGGUGGCGAGGCAAAGGGGAAUCAGCUGCCAGCGCGCGUCCGGACCCCGCGCCACUGUGAGAGCCGCCCUGCAGCUUUCACUGAAGACGUGAAAGGCGUCCGGGCAUGUGAGGAGCAAACGAGCAAGAGCGCAGGGCACAGCAGAGCCGGGGCGAGAGGAAGGAGGGCAGGACUGGCGAAGGUGUGUCUGGAAGGAGAAGGGAAGGAGCCGUGUCGCCAAGGAAGAAGAAGGCAAGAGGGAAAGGCCGGAGGAGGGGUGUGUGGAGGAAAGGACCGGAGCUUCAGCUUUCUCUGUCCUCAGAGUGAUUCUCCCCCAGCGGUCCCCCAUGCACAGAUAGCGAAGCACCCGCGGAGCGGAGAGGCUGAAGUUUGAGGAGGGCAGCGGCUGUGUUGCCGGGCUCAGGAAGGGGUGUCCCCCGGAUCGGAGGAUGGCGACCGAAGGGGGAGCCGGGCUGGCCAAGUCCGCCGUGGAGAAGCUGUCCGAUGCCAUGGGCGAGAAGACCAAGCAGCUGGGCACGGCCAUGCAGGACGUGCACCGGCAGCGGCGGCUGAUCCUGGUCAUCGUGUGCGUGGCCCUCUUCCUGGAUAACAUGCUCUACAUGGUGAUCGUGCCCAUCAUGCCGAGCUACCUCGCCAUGUGGGAGGCCGAGAUCCCCGCCCGGGAGAGCAACGCCAGCGGGGCCAACGCCAGGGGGGCCAACGCCAGCAGGGCCACGUCCGUGCUGGGGCCCGGGUAUCCCCCGGAAAACGAGGACAUCAAGAUCGGGGUGCUCUUCGCUUCCAAGGCCAUCCUGCAGCUGCUGGUGAACCCGCUGAGCGGCACCUUCAUCGACCGCGUGGGCUACGACAUCCCGUUGCUGAUCGGCCUCACCGUCAUGUUCCUCUCCACCAUCAUCUUCGCCCUGGCCGAGAACUACGCCACCCUCUUCGCUGCCCGCAGCCUGCAGGGGCUGGGCUCGGCCUUCGCCGACACCUCCGGCAUCGCUAUGAUCGCCGAUAAGUACACCGAGGAAUCGGAGCGCAGCCGGGCCCUGGGCAUCGCCCUGGCCUUCAUCUCCUUCGGCAGCCUGGUGGCGCCCCCUUUCGGCGGCAUCCUCUACCAGUUCGCCGGCAGGCGGGUGCCCUUCCUGGUGCUGGCCAGCGUUUGCCUGCUGGACGGCCUGCUGCUGCUCACCGUCAUCAAGCCCUUCGGCAGCCGGACUCGGGAGAACAUGCUCGUGGGCACUCCCAUCCACAGGCUCAUGAUCGACCCCUACAUCGCCGUGGUGGCCGGCGCCCUCACCACGUGCAACAUCCCCCUGGCCUUCCUGGAGCCCACCAUCGCCACGUGGAUGAAAAAGAACAUGGGCGCCUCGGAGUGGGAGAUGGGGGUCACGUGGCUCCCCGCCUUCUUCCCCCACGUGCUGGGCGUCUACAUCACCGUCAAACUGGCCGCCAAGUACCCGCACCUGCAGUGGUUCUAUGGGGCCCUGGGCAUGGUCAUCAUCGGGGCCAGCUCGUGCACGGUGCCCGCCUGCCGGAACUUCGGGCAGCUCAUCGUCCCGCUGUGUGGCAUUUGCUUCGGGAUCGCCCUGGUGGACACGGCCCUGCUGCCCACGCUUGCCUUCCUCGUGGACUUGCGCCACGUGUCCGUCUACGGCAGCGUCUAUGCCAUAGCGGAUAUCUCCUACUCCGUGGCGUAUGCCCUGGGGCCCAUAGUCGCCAGCCAGAUCGUGCACUCGCUAGGCUUUGUGCAGCUGAACCUAGGCAUGGGGCUUGCCAACGUGCUUUACGCCCCGGUCCUCCUGUUCCUCAAAAACGUCUGUCAAAUGAAAGCCUCUCACUCCGAGAGGAACAUCCUGCUGGAGGAAGGACCCAAAGGGCUCUAUGACACCAUCAAAAUGCAGGAGCGCAAAGGCAAGGGGAAAACCCCCCAUCCAGCAGGGGGGAUGGAAGGAAAUAGCGUGGACUCUUACCACAGAGACCUGACAGGGCCCUCGGAAGAGGACUCUUCAGACUAUGAAUACAGUUAGGCUACACGGAGCUGGCAGAACAAAGGUUAAAAUGGGCGGGGGGGGAGUUGUGAAAACAUUAUUGCCAUCUGUUUAUGUACCAAUGUGCACUAUAUACAAUUUAACCUUUGUCAUGCUGUAAUGGCUUUCGUCUUCUUCUCGACUUGUUGUAAGUUGGUAUUUCCUUAGACACUGGCAGGGGAAAAAUCACAAAGAAGACUAAUUGAAUGAUGUAUUUACAUAAAUCUGUGGUGGUCCUUCCAAAAACUUUUAGCUGAGGUCUCUUGUGCAAAAGUUUUCUCGAGUUGAAACUCUGUGUGGCAUACUGUAUAUCUCUGUAUUAGGGAAGUUUGUAAUAAAAUUCAGAUUGCAUAUUCAGGGACUUAAACUUACUAAAUCUUGUAUAUAUGUACUGACACUUUCACUUGGUUUCAUAUUUAACAACAGCAACAAAAAUCACAUCGUAUUAUUUCUUCUUUGGGAAACAGCUGAAGCGCUGUAAUAUUUUUUCUGUUGUGCUGCUACCUGGUAAAUGCAAUAUACUGUAUUAUGUGUAAGUCCAAAUCUACAAGGAUAAUAUGAUCUGAAUAAAUGAAGUUUGAGGGGUC